AUGUCUGCUCAACAGCCUCAGCAACAACAACCGGGACAGAAUAUUCCAACCUUCAAGUUGGUCUUGGUUGGUGACGGUGGUACCGGUAAAACAACUUUUGUUAAAAGGCAUUUGACGGGUGAAUUCGAAAAGAAGUAUAUGGCCACAUCAGGUGUGGAGGUUCAUCCAAUGUCAUUCUACACUAAUUACGGUGAGAUCAGAUUCGAUGUCUGGGAUACUGCUGGACAAGAGAAGUUUGGUGGUUUGAGAGAUGGUUAUUAUAUUAAUGGUCAGUGCGGUAUUAUCAUGUUUGAUGUUACCAGUAGAAUCACUUACAAGAAUGUUCCAAACUGGUACAGGGACUUGGUGAGGGUUUGCGAGAACAUCCCAAUUGUUCUUUGUGGUAACAAAGUGGAUGUUAAGGAGAGAAAGGUUAAGGCCAAGAACAUCACUUUCCACAGAAAGAAGAAUUUGCAAUACUUUGACAUUUCUGCCAAAUCUAACUACAACUUUGAGAAGCCUUUCCUAUGGUUAGCCAGAAAAUUGGUUGGAAACAACCAGUUGGAAUUUGUUGAGUCUCCUGCUUUGGCUCCUCCUGAGGUUCAGGUUGAUAAGGAUUUGAUGAACAAGUACCAGGCUGAGAUGGAUCAAGCGGCUGCCAUGCCUUUGCCUGAUGAGGAUGAUGCUGAUUUGUAA